AUGAGUAAUGGUACCGGGUGCAACGGCCAGCUGCAGAGCAGAGCGCGCCGUGUCCAUGGCCGUCGCCGGCGCACAGGCCUGCCUGCUCAUCCCCUCCUGCGGCUCCUAGCGCUCCCGCCUCGCCACCGCCGCCCGUGCGGCUUCCUCGCCUCGUCGGCUGCCGUGGGCAGGGGGCGGCUCCGGGUGCGCAUGGCGAGGACGGAGUCCACCGGCGUCGCCGUCGGCUUCCGCGCACCGCAGUUCGAGCUCCCGGAGCCGCUGACCGGGAAUCUCUGGACGUUGGAUGAUUUCUAUGGCAACCCGGCGCUGCUGGUCAGGCACAGCAGCUCGCCGCCGGAGUUCUUCUCCAGCCCCGUCGUGGAUAAUGCAAGACGCUGCUGAAGCUGACGAUCCCGCGGAUCAAGCUGCUGUGGAACCGGCGGGAGCUGCAGCUCCGCUAGAUGCGGAGGGACAUCGCCAAGCUCCUCGAGGCGGGGCAGGAGGCCACUGCCGGCCACCGCUGCGGGAGACGGAUUUGGGUGAUUUUUCCUUCUUUUUUGAAACUUUUCUGAAAUAGGGAUGGUAUGGAUUGUAUCGAUCUUGUAAAUGAUUUGUGGGAUCUAUAAAUUUUGUAUCGAUCGAUUCAGUAUUUGUGUUUGAUUCUUCAAAUGAUUUGUGGGAUCUGUAAAUUUUGUA